AUGGCCGAAGAAAUUGCCUUCAAUAUCACAGAACAAGUAAUAGCAAAGGUGGGGUCAGUUGCUUUCCAAGAUAUUGAAUUGAUAAGUGGUGCCAAAGAUGAUCUGAAGGGGCUUGAAAAUUCUCUAACCACUAUCAAAGCUGUACUUAUAGAUGCUGAGGAGAAGCGAGAGAAGAGCCUUGCAGUAAAGAGUUGGCUACGGAGGCUUCAAGACAUUGUGUAUGAGGCAGAAGAGUUGGUAGAUACGGUUGAAACUAAAGAUUUGCAGAAGAUGGUGCAAGCCCAAAGCCGGGGAAACUUUGCAACACAGAAAGAAAUGAUAAUAGAUGUGAGGCAUAAAAGUCGUGGAAGGGAGACAUCCUCUGUAGUGAAAUCUCAUAUGAAUAAGGAAAAUAUCAUUAAGUUAUUGUUGAUUCUAACUAGUCAAGGAAAUGUUUCUGUGAACGCAAUUGUUGUUAUUGGAGGCUUAGGAAAGACUGCACUUGCUCAGUUGGUGUAUAAUGAUGAAAAUGUUCAAAAUUACUUUGAGAAGAAGAUGUGGGUAUGUGUUUCUGAGGAAUUUGAUGUGAAAUUGCUAGUUAAGAAGAUCCUUGAAUGUGCAACUAAUGAUGCAGUGCCUAAUUUAGAACUAGAAAAAAUGCAUAAUAGUCUUAAAAGGAAUUUAGAAGGGAAGAGGUGUUUGCUGGUCCUAGAUGAUGUAUGGAAUGAAGUUAAGGAAAAAUGGGAUAGUUUGAAAGAUUACUUGUUAGUGCGUGACCCAGGAAGUACAGUUUUAGUCACCACUCGUAGCCCAAGAGUUGCAUCAGCCAUGGGCGUGGAUAUCCCAUAUGUUUUGCAGGGUCUAACAGAAAAUGAAGCUUGGGAUUUAUUUAAAAAACUAUCAUUUGGAGAGGGGCAUGGUGUAGCGAAUCCUAACCUAAUAAAAACUGGAAAAGAGAUGGUAAAGAAAUGUAAAGGAGCUCCACUUGCAAAAAGGAGUUCCACUUGCAAAAAGGAGUUUAGGAAGCCUCAUGCAUUUGAAAACUAA